AGAACUGUUAAAAAUUUAGUAUACUAUAACCACGUGUCAAAAUGGAGGCGCUUGGGGAAGAAUUCUUAAAAGGACAUUUAAAAGUAUCACUACAAGAUAAGCUAUUGCCUCAAUUUUGGAGUCAUUUUGAUAUUAAUAAGUCAAAUUAUGUUAGUCUACAAGCGGUAUCAGAGGCAGUUUCUGAUCUAACUAGCUCGAUAAGUUUCAAUAAUGUAAUAGAAGAAAUGAAAGGACUCUAUCCACUUCAAAUGAUUAGUGGUGUUAAUGACAAGUGGGAGGUGACGUGUAAAGUAUUGGGGCUAUCAAUAUGGGCGUGGCUACCAAAAGGAGGCAUGGUGUUUAGAGUGAUGGAGUUGCUAGUGAAGGAAUCAUUAAUAGCAUAUGAAACAACUAGACAAAAAGGAGGAGAGAGAGAGGGAGAAGAGAUGGAGACUGAAACCCAUACUGACCAACUUUGGUACUGGAAUGAGUUUCAGUCUUUGGUAGCUAAAUUAUCAUUCCUUGGUCUGAGGGACAGGUAGUCUCGUGCCCCGCCCCUUCGCUUCUUG